GCCCAGUGGAGUUUCACGAAGAUGUACUAUUAUCAAUGUCUACCCCCGCAACUUCUCAUGUUUCACCUUCAUUUAUCCCUAUAUUUGGUGAAGCAAUUGAGCUUUUGCGCAAGAUAUUUUUAACAGCUAAGGGUCAGCCUUUUGUUGUUUCUGGUUCAGGUACUCUUGGUUGGGAUAUGGUUUCUUCAAAUUUAAUAGAACCAAAUGAAGAUGUAUUAGUUUUAAACACUGGUUACUUUGGUGAUUCCUUUGCUGAUUGUCUUGAGACCUAUGGCGCUAAAGUUACACAAGUAAAGGCUGAUAUUGGUGAUCGUCCUACUCUUGAAGAAAUUCAUAAUGCUCUUGUCUCAAAAAGAUUCAAGGCUAUCACCAUUACCCAUGUUGAUACAUCUACUGGUGUACUUUCUGAUGUAAAAGCGAUAGCAAAUUUAGUUAAACAGUAUUCUCCUGAAACGUUGGUGAUUGUUGAUGGUGUAUGUUCUGUUGGAUCUGAAGAGAUUCGUGUGGAUGAGUGGGGUAUUGAUGUCGUUUUAACCGCAAGUCAAAAAGCUCUUGGCGUUCCUCCAGGAUUAUGUAUCUUGAUUGCAAGCGAAAGAGCUAUGAAUGUAUUCAGUAACAGAAAAACUCCAAUUAAGAUCAUGAACUCUUAUGAAGGUAGAAAAGGAAUGUACUUUGCCACUCCACCAGUUCAAUUAAUAUAUGCACUUCAUACAAGUCUCAAACAAAUAACUUCAAUUCCGCUUGAGGAACGUUUCCAACAACACAAAGAAGUCAGCAAUCGUAUUAAGGAUUCCCUUGAGGAAUUAGGAUUGAAAUUUGUUCCAAAAAAUAGAGAAGUUUCUGCUAACGGAAUGACUGCCGUUUACUAUCCUGAAGGCAUCAAACCGACUGAUCUUCUUCCCAGGGUAGCAGAAUGUGGUGUCGUGAUUGCAGGUGGUCUACAUAGAAAGAUUGCUUCCCGAUACUUCAGGGUCGGCCAUAUGGGUAUUAGUGUAACUGAACCUCAUAGAAAACAUAUAGAAAAAACAAUUGAGGCACUUCAAGAAAAUUUAAUUCAAUUGGGCUAUAAAUAUAAAG